CAAAUUUGUUAAGUAUAAAUUGGAUAGAAUUUAUCAUUGUUAGUACAGUUCGUUUACUUCUACUAUUCAGUCAACAUCUACUUGUACGAAUUAACCGAAAUGGCAUUCAAGUUCGUGACCUUCCUCGCCCUGGUGGCCGUUGCCCGUGCCGGAGUACUGGCACCAGCUGCGUUAUCAGCUCCUCUUGGCAUUGCUUCCCCAGUUGCCAACGUGAUUUCUGCCGCACCCCUGCUGCAGAAAACCAUCCUGGCUGAUCCCAACCCACAGUACUCAUUCUCCUACGCUGUAUCCGAUGCCCUGACCGGUGACCAGAAGUGGCAACAGGAAUCCCGCAACGGAGAUCUGGUGCAGGGAUCUUACUCACUCGUCGACCCCGAUGGCCUCCAGCGUACCGUUGACUACGUUGCUGAUCCGAUCCAGGGAUUCAAUGCCGCUGUUCGUCGUGAACCGAUUGGUGUCAAGGCUAUUGCUGCCCAACCCCUCCUCGCUGCCCCAGUUGCCAAGACCAUCAUUUCGCAGCCAGCCUUGUCCAAAACCAUCAUUUCGCAGCCAGCCUUGUCCAAAACCAUCAUUUCACAGCCCGCCAUUUCCUCGUACGCAUCUCCUCUGGUCAGCAGAUCCAUCAUUUCGCAGCCAGCUUUGGCUUCGAUCGCAUCUCCACUGGCCGCCAGGACUAUUCUAUCGCAGCCAGCUAUUUCCGCUUAUGCCUCUCCUUUGGCCGCAAAGACCAUCCUAUCGCAGCCGGCCUAUUACUAAGUGAUAAGACUUAUCAUUUCCUGGACUGAUAAAGUAUGACCUGAUUAUGUUUGUUAAAUAUGACCUGCCAAUAAAUUACUGAAUAGAUGAAAUGUUCAUCCAA